CCCCUGCGCCCGGUCGCGCGCAGAUGACGUAGCGGGCGCGGGCGGAGGGCGUCGCCGCCAUGGCGCUGCUGGGCCGGCUGGGCGAUCUGCUGCGGCGGGCCGUGGAGGCGGAGGAGCCGCGCCUCGAUCUCCCGGCCGCCUUCACGGAGCACUGGAAGGGCGUCACCCACCAUUACCUGGAGGCCCCAGAUGAAAACAAGUCGGCGAAGCAGACGGACAUUCCCUGGCGCUUAAAACAGAUGCUGGACAUCCUGGUCUACGAGGAGAAGCAACAGCAGGAAGGGGAGACGGGACCCUGCCUGGAAUACUUGCUGCAGCACAAAAUCCUGGAGACACUCAGCACUCUGGGGAAAGCAGAGUAUCCUCCGGGAAUGAGGUCACAGGUGCUUCUCUUUUUCAGUCGCCUGCUGGGGCAGAUGCAGAGCCCUCUCUUGCAUUACUUCAGUGUUUACCGGCCUGUUCAGAAACUUAUUCAGCUUCAGGGGGAUGCAUUAGGCCCUGAGCUGGAGAAGGAAGCGCUGCAGUUUGUUGCUGUUCUAUGUACCAAAAUCAGGCAGGAACCUGCUCUCCUACCACACGUCCUAGAGGGCCAGAAUGUUGAUUCCCUGGGAUUGGCAGCCGAGCCAAGCAUGACCUCUGGCCAGACCCUGCCCUCCUUUGAAGAACAGGGUGGAGGGCUGUGUCCAGAGAAACCACUCAGGGACCCUGCUGCCUCCAUGCUGAAUUUGGUGACUGCUCUCAUUGGCUUAUGUAAGAGCAAGAACAAGAAGGUUGUGCUAAAAGCCCAAGAGAACCUACUGCUUCUUACCAGGGUGGACCAUCCAACCGCUGCCCAGGCCUUGGCCCAAGAUAGCAUGCUGUGCCUUCUGCUACCCGACUAUCUCUGCUCCCUGUACAAGGCCAUCCCUGUUACCAUCAAGCCUGCUGAUGUUACCAGGCUUCCACCCGUCCCGUGCAGGCUCCAGAGUGACGCCUCAGUGGAGGAAAGCUCCUUCCCAGGAGAGCACAGCCUAGAGGCUUUCUUUGAUUGGCUGGAGUUUUGUGACUGUCUCGUGAAACAGGCUCAUCCUGUUGUUGGAGAUGCCCUGAGCACAACUGUGGGGCGGAGGCUCUUCCUAGAAACCUUGCGGCCUCAACUCUUGCAGAGGUCAGACUCUGGGAUUCUCUUUUCAGUGGCUAUCCUGACGGGCCUGGCGAGACGGAUUCACGCUCCUGCCCUCCUCCAGCAGCUGGCUGGGUUUCUGCUGGGAACAGAAAUGGAUCCCAUCAGGCCCAGUGAUUCAGCCUGGCGGCCACAGAGCCCCAGCCUCUGCUCAUGGCUGAUUGAGAACUGCAGCCAUCCGUCUGAUGAGAUCAGCAUGGCCACCCUACGGUUGUUUGAGGAGCUGCUUUGGCUUCCUGACCAGCGCAUCUUGCAGAGCCUGGUGCUGUGCCAUCUGGAGGAGCGCAGCUACAUCUUGAGAAGUCCAGCUGGUCAGGAAGAUCUUGCCACCCCUGAACAAGAGUUUUGUGAAGAGGGGCUAGACCUAGAAGAAGAUCCUUACUUUGCAGAUGGGCUCCCAGCGGCCGAGCCCCAGAGGCCAAGCAAGCCAGUCACCUUGGCUCCAAAGGAAGGGCCUGGCCAGCCAGCAGGGCCUGUGGAUGCGAAGGAGGCAGUCAGCAGCUUCCUUUGCCUAGUACCAAGUGAGGUGAAGACCUCAGCUUAUCUGGAGGAGGCGGGAUAUGACACUUACGUCCAUGAUGCUAAAGUACUGAGGCCUCGCUUCUUUCCGCCCCUGGAGAACGCUGCCGCUGCCACCAACUCCUCCAAAAGCCUCUCUCCCAUCCUCUGGGCCUGCCGACAGCCUCAUCCAGUUCCUUGGCUCCAUAAGCCCCGGGACCUCUCCUCCUCCUCGGCCUCCUUUGGAAACAGCCCUUAUUUGCAAUAGAAUCUGUCGCUGGGCCAGCAGUCAGAUCUUGCUGCUGGCAGAACAAUUUAAACAGCACCAACGACUUUUAGCGGUCUCACCAACAGUUCCGAAACAGCUAGAAACUCGCCAUGCCAGCAAAGAUUGUCAGUCGUAUGUCACCUUAGUUGCACCACGUUGCUCAAACAUUAAAACCUUCCUGAUCAUGUGGCCUAUAUCCCUUAAUAUCCCUCCCCAAACGUUUCACCUUCGAGAGCCAAUGCAGCCGCAGCCGAUCCAGGUGCCGCCAUCUUAGAACUUGAUGUCCUGUCCAACGACGACUGAAACACACUGUGUCUCCUGGUUCCUUUCUUGUACCUGUUUCUUUUUUUAAAAUGGCGCAGCAACCUUUUAAAAAGAGAGGAUGUGUGUGCUCUAUCAGCUGAGGGCUCUAGCGGAAAUGAACUUCCUAGAUCCUUUCAGGCCUGGGCAGGAGACAGAAAUAUAAGUGGCGAUUGUCUUGGUUGGCCUUUGGAGGGCGGGUGUCCCCUGAUGGCAGUCACAGUCCCUCUGACUUCUGAGGAGGACCUGCAAAGGUUGGGCAGUAAGGCACAAUCUUAACAGCAGCUCUGCUCUUUCUUAGCAGGCAGCUCUUGUCAUGUAUGUUUCUUGUUAUGUUUUAGUCUAGCUGACUUGGGGUGCUGCAGCCUCAGUCUUCCCGCUGUACCAUUUUAUGUCUAUGCAAAACCUCUGGGAGAGGCUACCUGUUGGGUGUGAGGUGUACUUGGUAUGUUGACGACACUCACCUGUGUAUUGUCAUUCCAGGUCUUUCCCCAAUAAUUUUAUAAAGAGUUAAUAAAAUUGAACAAUAAUACAGAAGCCUAAUACAGAACUAUUACAUAUAUACAUAUAAUGUUUUAAAACAUACAGAACCCCAUAAAACUAUAUGAAUUAAAAACCA